CUUCAGGUCGUGCUGAACUCCAUAUUCACAGCCAUGGUGCCUCUGUUUCACAUUGGCCUCCUGGUCAUCUUUGUGAUCACAGUCUACGCCAUUAUUGGUUUGGAGUUGUUUCAAAGCAAACUGCACGCCACCUGUUACUAUAUCAACAGUAACGACUCCUACGUAAUGAUGGCCAAUCCGCGACCCUGCAGCAACAGUACCUCCUCCAUGGGCUUCAACUGCUCCGAACUGGGACCCGGCUACAUAUGUCGUGACCUGCCCGAGGAAUUGGGUGAGCGCUAUGCCGGACCAACAGAUGGCCUAGUCAAUUUUGACAACUUCCUCUACGCCAUGCUCACCGUCUUCACCUGUGUCACCAUGGAGGGCUGGACCACGGUGGGCUACCACGUGAGUCCUGCUGUUUGGUACUAA